UUCUUUUUACAGGGGAGCUUUACCGGAAGUCAUACCUCCAGUGUUUGUGGUGCGGGGGAAACGAAGUCGCCUCAGUCUCUUAAUUUACUUCUGUUUUCUCCAUUCAGUUCUUUACGUUUUACCGGAGCUUCAGGAAAUAUCAGCCAGAAUGACGGACAGGUACAACAUCCACAGUCAACUGGAGCAUCUCCAGUCUAAGUACAUAGGCACUGGACACGCCGACACCAGCAAGUGGGAAUGGCUGGUGAACCAGCACCGGGACUCUUACUGCUCCUACAUGGGGCAUUUUGACCUGCUCAACUACUUCUCCGUUGCUGAGAAUGAGAGCAAAGCUCGCGUCCGCUUCAACCUGAUGGAGAAGAUGCUCCAGCCAUGUGGACCACCAGCAGACAAACCAGACGAUGCUUAGGUUACACUUUUAGCCUGGUGUGGGUUUUUCUUUUUUUGUAGUGAAUAUUUUUUAAAGGAUUUUGUUAAUUUUUCUUCAUUUUGAUUUUUCUGUUCUGGGUGCUUCUAAAGUGAUGGAGUGGAUGAUCAUAUACACAAUACAAGAUGCCUGGACACUCAUCGUUAUGUUUGCGUCUGGAUCACUAAUAAAAACAUUACUUCUUGACCUGUAAGGGCCUGCAACUUUCAGGAAGGAUAGCUGUGACGUUCAAGAAGAACAGAUUCAAGACCUGUACAUUCUCCAGAGAACAUAAAAGUUAAUUGUACAACUUAAUGUUCCAUAUCAUCUGUGAAAGCAUUUGUAUUGACUGGGCUGCAUUUUAGCUCUGAAAUGUCUUUGAAGAUAAUUAAAAUUGUUUUUUCUCUA